UAACUCUAAGCCAAAGAUUUGAAAUGGUUUCCAUACCUUUGCAAAAGCUCCUCUUCAUUUUUACUCUCACCUUACACCCUUCUUUUAUUCUUUCACAUUAUCACAAGCAAAAGAUAAUAAAGCUUCACCUUCCACCCUCCGCAGCUGCCCCUGAGGCCACUGCUUUUGACAGUGCUGGUGUCGGUCCAUACACCGGCGUCGACAAUGGCAGAGUCUUCAAAUACGUCAAUCCAAUUGUUGGGUAUGUUGAAUUUGCCACCACUUCUCCCACCAGGCCCAGGCGGCUUUGUGAUGCGAAUACUAACCGUGAAAUUGCACCAAUCUGUGGACGGCCACUCGGUGUGGCAUUUUAUCAUACAACUGGACAUCUCUAUAUUGCUGAUGCUUAUUUUGGACUUGUAGAAGUUGGUCCCCAAGGUGGGAUCGGCACUACGAUUUCUAAAUCUGCAGGUGGAGUUCCUUACAAAAACCUCAAUGCCUUGGACAUUGAUCAGAAAAAUGGAGUAGUUUACUUCACCGACGUUAGCUCCAAAUUUCAGCUAAGGCAAUUCAAUGAAGCAUUACUCAGCGGAGACCAGACAGGAAGGCUAAUAAAAUAUGACAUCAAAAAGAAACAAGCAACAGUAUUAGUCCACAACCUUGGGGUGCCAGUGGGAGUAGCUAUAAGCAAACAUGCAGACUUUGUGCUAGUUUCAGAGUAUCUUAACAACAGAACCCUGAAGUUUUGGCUUGCAGGAGACAAAGCUAACACAACAGAAAUUUUCACAAAGUUCCCUGGAAGGCCAGACAAUAUAAAGAGGAAUGCAAAAGGGGAGUUCUGGAUUCCUGUUACAAGUGUAAAUGGAAAUACAAACAGACAAGUUGCUUGGAGGCUUGAUGAAGAUGGCAAGUUGAAGGAGUCUUUUGAUUUGAGAUUGGUGGGAAAUCCAAUUCCAAUAUGUAGUGAAUUUCAGGAAAUUCAUCCCAGGGUAUUUUCACUGGGACUUCUGAACGUAAACUAUUCUGGAUUUAUCUAUUGAUUGCUAAGUAGUCUGUAAUUAAAUAAAUGUGCAGCACAUGUAUUUGUUAAAACCCUCUUUUGAUGAUGUUCAAGUUUAAAAGAAAUUCCAUGUGAAAAAAGA